UUUUCUUUUGGCAGCACUACUGUGCGGUAAAAUAGCUAACGUCAGCAUAUACUCCGCCAAGUUGCUAAAUAUAUACAUUUCCAAAACAAUUUUCUGGUCCUUAAGGGUGAAUGGAAAAAAGUAAACAAAUCUGAGCAUAUUUUAGGUCAAGUGGAGUAGGGAGUAGACUUUGAAUUUAAAAAAGAAGUCGCGAGUACAUCUAGUCCCAUCGAAGAAAGGUCCGGACGCUGUUUUCGAUACAUCGGAUAAAAGUCAUCGGUUAUUAUCGCGCAUUUCUAAUUUACGCUAUCAACUGAUAUGUCAAAAUUUUGUCAAGUCGGACGUAACUUAUUUGGCUAGUAUUUUUCUGUGCAGUUUGUGAAUAAAAGUAGAGAAAUGGAUUUAUACGAUGAUAUUGACACAAAACCCAGGGCUAGCCAAAUCGACGGCUGGUCAUCGGGAAUUAAAAUGCUUCAAACACAGUUGGCUAUAAAGAAAGCGCAAGCUCCAAAGGAGCCACCCAAAAAACCGUUAAUGACACCAGUUGUAAAUUUGCGUGCUAAAAAACCAGUAUCCGAUGUUGAAGUUAACAACGGCAACAACUCCAUGCAGAAAUUGGAUAUUCCAACAGUGGCAGCUAAAACAGUCAUUACUGCCAAACCAUUGGAGCCAGUAAUUGAGAGUACAAAAUCGGACGACUGUUGGGAUUUCGUAGAUGAAUAUGAUCCAAUGUGGCCCAACGAAUAUGAAAAGUUAAAAGAUAAAAAUCAAAACAAAGAAAAAGAACACAAAGGCGGUGGGGGCGGAGGAGGUGGUGGUCGAAGCAGUGAAAGAAAAAGAGGUCGUGGACGAAACAACGCACGUGAUUCAUCUCCACAAAUUAAAUUUUCUGGAUUUGGACAACGUCAAACUGAGGAAGAGAGUUAUAGCCCUCCCCCUCAAGGCUCUGUGUCAGGUAAAGGAGGUGCUGCGAUUGCACCACCGCCUUCCCUUCAAGAAAUCUCUAUAAAUAAUGAAAAUGGCGACGGUUCAUCGAAUGUAACCAUUCCCUACUCGGCAAGCUCGGUCGCUGCCAAGAUUAUGGCAAAAUACGGCUUUAAAGAUGGCCAGGGAUUGGGAAAACAAGAGCAGGGUAUGUCCAUGGCUUUACAGGUGGAAAAGACUUCGAAGCGUGGUGGUCGCAUAAUACAUGAAAAAGAUGUAUUUUUGCCACCUCCACCAGCACCUAACAGUCCACCUGCAAGUAUGGCACCACCGGCAGUACCAGCGGUAGCUACCCCUAGUCUAACACUAGCACAAGCUGCUGCUGAAGUACAAGCGUCCGAACCAAGCAUUACCGAAAUUAUGAAAGAACCUAGUAAAGUGGUUUUAUUAAGGAAUAUGGUCGGCCCAGGGGAUGUUGACGAAGAUUUAGAGCCAGAGGUUAAAGAUGAAUGCAAUACCAAAUACGGCGAUGUCGCAAAUGUCAUAAUACACGAAGCUUUUGGGACAACACCAGAAGAAGCCGUCAAAAUAUUUGUGGAGUUUAAGCGUAUUGAAAGCGCUAUCAAAGCGGUUGUUGAUUUAAACGGCCGUUUCUUUGGUGGACGUCAAGUGCGCGCUGGUUUCUACAAUUUUGAUAAAUUUAAAAGUUUUCAACUACAUUAAAGUGACGAAUGUUUUAGUUUUUGUCAUAAGUAUUUUUUUUUUUUUUGUAAAAUGCU